GUGUCAAUGAGAUUUGACAGCUUAACCUCAAAAUUUGUUUUCUGUUUACUUUUCACAUGUUUGAAUUUUCUUUUUAAAUAUUUCUUUUAAAAAUGCAGUUAACUAAGCCAGAACGCAAUAAAUUUGACGCAAAAAAGAUUGAACAAUUAAUUUUAAGUGAAAGCAGAUUUAUCACUAAUCUAUUGACAAUAUCAGCAAUUCCUGAGAGGAGAGAUGCAGAAGAGGAUGAGGAAAGCGAUCCUAAUAACCCCCAAAAAAGACCCUUACUGCUAAAUGGAGGAGAUAAAAAAACAAGGGCCACAUCUUUGCAUGAGCUAGAGGAGAGGCUGAAAGCCAUAACAAGCAAGAAGAAGCUGUCCUAUAAAGAAAAACUUGCGAAAAAGAACCUUAAAAACCGUAUGAAGAAGAAAAGUAAACAGGAUGUAAGGAAUGCUGAGUUAAAAUUGAAGAGAGCAGCCAAACAAACAGUGAAAAAUGAAGAAAUUAAACCUGACACUAAUACCCCAGAAGUGAGCAAUGAAAAGAAGCCAGUGUUUAAUAGUGAGAAUAAAUUAGUGUUUUCUAAAAUAGACUUUGCCAAUUUAGGGAAGAAAAAGGUAAAAAAACAAGAAAAAGACCCUGAAAAACUACUAAACAAACUCAAAGAACAAAAGUCUAAACUGGAACAGCUAGAACAGAGCGGGGAAACCCAUAAGGUAUUAGAAAUUAAAGAAAAAACUGCUUGGAAAAAUGCGCUGGCCAAAGCCGAGGGUCAAAAAGUAAAAGAUGACCCGAUUUUAUUAAAAAAAUCAGUAGAUAAAAAAGAACAGAAAAUUAGGUCAAGCAAGAAGAAGUGGGAGGCAAGAAUUCAAGGGGUGCAAAAGUCCAAGGAUGAAAAGCAAAAGAAGAGGAAGGAAAAUAUUGAUAAGAGGAAGAAAGACAAGAAAGUUAAGAAGCUUAAGGGGGCUGCUAAGAGAGGGAAAAUUAUACCUGGGUUUUAAGAUGUACAAAUUUUAAUAAAUAAGUUUCAAAUUAGUAA